GUACGCUGCAGAUUCGGUAAAAGUAUAACCCAAUUGUCUGCAAUCUAUCGCACCUGGUGACCUAACCACGUUUCCCUCACGUCUGACCACCAUCUACCACGGGUUGUCACUGGGGCCCCUAUCGAUCAUCGCUUAUCCUCCAAUUUUGACACACUAUUCGCGAUAUGUACGAAAAUCAGACUGACCUAGCAAGCAUCCUCACCCAACUAUUCGAACAUUCUGAUAUCUUGAUUUCCAAACUUGUCCCGGAGCUCCUCCAAUCCAUCCGGGAUACACCUCUUGGACCCAUAGACCCCACCAACGCGCUCAUCGAACGUGCCAUCGCUAUCAUCCACGCGUGGAAUGUAGACGACCAGGCAGAAUUCAUCAUCGCACACCCCCGGAUCGGGGAGAUCAGACAGCUCUCUGCGUUGAGUGCCAAAGAGCAAAGUGGAGGCCUCUCUGCCACCACAAUGGUAGAGACACACCCAGAUGUGUUGAAGCGAUUAGAACACCUUAAUGCAUGUUACGAGCGUGUGUACUCUGAACUGAGGUACAUCACGUUUGUGAAUGGGAGAACUAGGGCUGCGAUUGCGAGGGAGAUGGAAGACAAAUUGCAGCUUGGACACCCUUUGGAGAACUUCCCGGAUGGGCCUCCGAUGAACGAGCCGGUGGUAGAAAGUUUGAGCUGCGUCGCGAAGAACAGUGAAGAGUGGUUGAAUGAGCUGACACGAGCGGUGGAUGAUGUAGGGAAGAUUGCCAAGAGUAGACAAAGUUCAUUGGGGUUGUAAUGACAUGGAGAUUGUAUUAAGCCGACAGACUGGAGUUCCGUAUGUACAGCAGCCUGUCACUAGAUGUCCACGGAAAUAGAACAUAGGCAAAUCAAUGAGCGAAUAAACACAAAUGGAACAACAAGGAAUCACAGAAGCAAGCGAACGAACAUUGGUAUAGAAUACAACAACACCACGAAUAAAGACUCCAGCGUCGGGAGAUAAAUAAAGCAAGGUGUCCGCCGAACCGAACCAUAAGAUAAAACUGUCCGUCGAGGUCGUGCUGCUAAAUGCGAGUUGUGUGUCGCCGCGGUAUUUG